UGCCACAUAGCAUCAACAUGGAUGAUCCUCGAUACCACAAUUUUUAGUAGCCAGUCAUUUAAUAAAGAUCUAGAUCUAUCAUACAUAGUGUACCAUUAUAUAAAAAAAGGUACUCUUCGUACUCAGUGGAUCUAGAUCUAAUUGCCUUUACUUUUCAUUUAGGGUUUUAAAAAAUCUAAUCUGGACUACACUCCAAAUCUAUUCAAAUAAAAAUGAAGCGAUUCACAUUUCUAUGGGGAGCGUUGUUGUUUAUGGUGACCAUGUUAAUGUUGUAUAUGAUGUUGGAUACAUUGAAUACAUAUCCUAAGAAUGGAAAUGUUUAUAGUAUGCAGCUUAUUGAAAAUAGAAUGGUCAAAUUAGAGAGUGACAUUGAAAUGAAUAAAAAAAUAGUACAACGAAUCAAAGAUGAGGUGACUGAUUUGAUGAAGUCUGGUCCAGAUGGUGUGGUGAAGUUGAAGGAAACACUGCAGGAGCCAAAGACUGAGUCACCAACACAGAAACCUGUGCCAGUUGUCAGGCAAGAAGAGACAUAUGCUGUGUCAGCUUUGUCUCAAGUUCAACCCUCUGUAGAAAACUGCCAGUGGAUAAGAUCAGCUACUUCCAAUGCAGAUAUCAAUAUUCAUAAAGUCUAUUCAGAGUUACCCUUUGAUAACCCUGAUGGUGGCCCUUGGAAACAAGGCUGGGAGGUAACCUAUCCGCCUGGCCAGUGGAACAAAGAUAAUAAACUGAAGAUUAUUCUAGUUCCACAUACACAUUGUGACCCUGGCUGGAUCAAAACAUUUGAUGACUAUUACCGCUCCCAGGUGAAGAGCAUUUUAGACAGUUUUGUCAUCAAGCUAGAGCAGAAUCCCAACUACAAAUUUAUGUUUACAGAAAUUUCUUAUUUUUCUUUGUGGUGGUCUGAAACUGACAAAGGUAUUCAAGAUAGAGUGAAAAGAUUAAUAGCCAAUGGUCAGUUUGAAAUUUCCACAGGUGGUUGGGUGAUGACUGAUGAAGCUAAUGCUCAUUAUUAUGCAAUGUUGGAUCAACUUAUAGAAGGCAACCAGUGGCUCAAUAAUACACUAGGUUAUGUUCCUCAAUCUGGAUGGGCUGUCGAUCCGUUUGGCUAUUCAUCUACUAUGGCCUAUUUGUUGAAGAGGUCUCAUUUUAAGAGCAUGUUGAUUCAAAGAGUUCAUUACUCAAUAAAAAAACAUUUGGCUCGAGAGCGCAACUUAGAAUAUAUGUGGAGACAGCAAUGGGAUUCGAAGGGAAACACAGACAUCUUUACACAUAUGAUGCCAUUUUAUUCUUACGACAUUCCACAUACAUGUGGCCCUGAACCUGCUGUGUGCUGCCAGUUUGAUUUCAGAAGGUUGCCAGGAAGUCCUUUUAGAUGUCCCUGGAAUAUCAAUCCUGUUGCUAUCACAAAUGAGAAUGUUGCACAAAGGGCUGCUAUAAUAUUAGAUCAGUGGAAAAAGAAAGCCACACUUUACAAGACUAAUGUGCUGCUGGUCCCUUUGGGAGAUGAUUUCAGAUACAUGCAGAUGGAGGAGUUUGACCUCCAGUUUGGGAAUUAUGAAAAAAUCUUCAAGUAUAUCAACGAGCACCCAGACCUAGGGGCCCAGGGUCAGUUUGGCACACUGAGUGAUUACUUUAACACUUUGUAUAAAGAUUCUGCCACAAUACCUGGACAAAAACCUCCCAACUUGUUGAGUUUAAGUGGAGACUUUUUCUCCUAUGCAGACAGAGAUGACCACUAUUGGUCAGGGUACUUCACAUCUCGUCCACUGCAGAAGAACUUAGAUCGAGUAUUAGAACACAAUCUUAGGUCGGCUGAAAUAAUCUUCAGUUUGACUCAGGUUCAAGCCAGGAAGCAUGCAGCUGCCAACUUCCCCAGCAGAGAUUUCAUGCAAAAGUUGGUAGAUGCUAGAAGAGCACUUGGUCUCUUUCAGCACCAUGAUGCUAUUACAGGAACAGCCAAAGACUUUGUUAUGGUUGAUUAUGGUCAGAGAUUACUGCGGGCCCUUCACAACGUCAAGACAAUUAUAUCUGCUUGUAGCACAUUUCUUUUGAUGAAGACAAAAACGGACUUUACUUUUACUGAAGGAAAUCUCUUAUUUAAAAUGGAUCAAGAGAGAUCAAGCCAUGAUAGUCUGCCCACUAGGCCUAUCCUUGAACUUAGCUCUGAGCCAAAAUCAGUGCUAUUGUACAAUUCUCUGGGACAAACAAGAACUGAGGUAGUUCAGUUGUGGACAUCAUGGCCAUUUGUGGAAGUCAGGGACCAAAACGAUCAAACCAUACAUUCACAAAUUGAUCCAUUCUGGACUGAGCCUGGAGUGUUUUCAUCUAACAUCUAUAAGGUGUCAUUUGUAGCAGUUGUCCCUGGACUUAGUGUCAGGAGAUUUACUAUCAAGAAAGUAGAGAAUGGACAAGAUAGAAAGAAUCAUUUAGUUUCUGUCAAGUUUCUCAAUCCUGACAAAAAUUAUGAUUUGAAAAGAGAGCCUUUCACAAUGGAAGUUGCCAACAGUGAAGCAGAUUUCAAAUUAGAAACUAAAUUUCUUGAGUGCACUUUCUCAGGCAGUACUGGUCUUUUGAAGUCUGUGAAAACUUUAUCCAAUGGAGAAUUAUACAAGUCUGAGAUGGAGUUUAUCCAGUAUGGUACCAAAAUGGCCAAUGAAAAGUCUGGAGCUUAUCUAUUUUUACCUGAUGGAGAGGCUAAGCCUUUGCUCUUGUCCAAGCCAAGUCUGAUCAAAAUUGUACAAGGUCCCAUCACUUCAGAAGUCCAUGUUCUGACUCCAUAUGUACACCAUAUAGUCAAACUUUUUAACUCUCCAGGUCUUGAUGGUGCUUCUGUGGAUUUAAUUAACACUGUCGACAUCAGAAACACUCAGAAUAAAGAAGUGGGCAUGAGGAUACACACCAACAUUGAAAACCCAGAACAUAUAUUUUAUUCCGAUCUCAAUGGCUUUCAGAUGCAAAGGAGGAAGUAUUAUGAAAAGUUAACUCUCCAAGGUAACGUCUACCCGAUGCCUACAAUGGCUUAUGUACAAGAUGAGUUUAGGAGAUUUAGUGUGUUAUCAUCUCAGGCUUCUGGCGUUGCCAACUUGAUUCCUAAUGCCAUAGAUGUGAUGCUUGAUCGUAGAUUGAACCAAGAUGACAACAGAGGACUAGGUCAGGGAGUUUUAGACAAUCACCCCACACCUAGCAGAUUUAGAUUGGUCUUUGAGAAAAGGUCGGCCAAAGCUGAACCAGUCUACCCAGAAACAUCAUUCCCUUCAAUGCUUAGCCAGCAGUCCUCCCUGUCACUGAUUCAUCCUAUCUUUGCCAUGCCUAGAAGUCUACAGGGGAAAGAUGUGGAAAUGGCUAGGGAGAUGCUCUUGCUGAGUGAAUCCUUGCCCUGUGAGCUCCACAUGCUCAACCUGAGGGUAUUGCAACACAGUGAUGACCAGAAAGAGUUGCAGUAUGUUCCUAAAGAUACCAGCCUGUUGUUGCUUCGCAAUCUUCCAAGUGACUGUAGUUUUCCAGCACCACAUUUGUCUUGCUUAUCUAUGAAUGGAAAGAUAACUUUAUCUACGUUAUUCUCUAAUGCGGAAGUCAAAGAAAGUGUUCAAACAUCCUUGACCAUGAAUGAUCAAGUGUCCAUCCUAAGUCCCCAAACAAGUCUUCAAGUACCUCCCAUGGAGAUAGUAGCAGUGCAAGUACAUAUAAACUAAUGUUUAGAUAGUGUUAGUUGUAGGUUUGAAAUACUUUCAAUGUUUCUUCUGUGCACAAUGAACAUUCAGAGAGAUACAUAUCAAAAGAAAAAAGAAAAGGACGGGGUUGGGGAAAGGGAAUCAGGUUGAACAAAAUUCUAAACUUGAAUAUAAAUGUAGGUUAGUGAUGACAGACUGUAUUACUUUAUUCUAUCCACUUAGGCAGCUAUCAUUUUCAUGACCAGUUCUGACUGACUGCUUAUUCAAUAAUAAAUCUCUAUGUAGUAGUCUCCCAUAAAUUUAGAAUUGAUUUUAUUGUAUGCAAUAGCUGGUGAUAUUUUAAUACUAGAGAACACACAAAAAAUUACAUUUAAAAAUUAGACAAAAAUAUUUUAAUGUCCCCAAUAAAAUGUUGACCUAAAAAUUGAUUAAAAUUGUGUUUGGGUUGAAAGUUAUAAGAUAACUUCAGUAAAGUUUCUUCAAUAAUAUGUAUUCAAUAAUGGUAUUUUAUUUCAUUUAAGGAUAAAGAGUAUUAUUAGAAAUAGGUUUACAUUUUCAAAUCAGAAAUAUUUGUGUAUUCUUGUUGACUGAUUGAGAAACAAAGAACUACUAUGGUUGUAGAGCAUUCUGCUGGUGUGUGUGUGUAUGUGUGUGCUGUUACAUAUUUCUGUGCUUUCAAUAAAUUGAUAAUUAUCUGGAUGUGUUACACUGGUGCAGUCCUUGGAAGAAUUGAAGGGAUUGAACUAGUUGAAAUGAGAACUGUCUCUUUUUAGUAGCUUUGGAUUGACACAUUUAUUGAAUUCUUGAUUUUACGUUUUAACAUUUUUUUAAAGACAACAUUCAAUUUGUUUUUGUUUUACUGGUGGUUUGCUUCACUUUUCCAACUUAAAAGGCAAUUUUAAAAUAUUAUCACAAAACAUUGUACAAAUGGCAAUUCUUCAUACCUUGAACUAUUUUACUACCUGUUAGUAUUCCUCAUCAUCCUCUGAUAGUUAAUUAUGUGUUUAAUUCACAGUGUUCUAUUCUCCAUAUUUAUUUGAUGGACCCAGCUGGUGUUUACGUUUUAGUAUGCAAUACUAUUUGUAAAUGGGUUCAAAGGUUUUCAUUAUAUAUUGACAUAUCACAUUUACAAAUGCAUUUCUUUCUUCUCUUUAAAGAGAGAGACAAAGUCUAACAGGCAAUUGACUCAACAAACAUUUGUAACAUUUCCUUAUUUUCUAAUCAGAUAAAUUAUUCAUAAAUAUUUACACAAAAUAGCAGAAAUAUAAGCAGUGUCAGGGUGGGCUUCUAACAUAUAUGACAGCCUCCACAAUGAUCUAUGGAACAUUCCUGCCACGUUUCAUAAUGUUGAUUUCUAUAAGGAACAUACACACACCUUCUAUUUGUACUCUAUAUAACAGAUAGUAGCAUGUCAUUAUACUGAACUUUGUGGGAUUACAUUAAAACCAUUUACUAAUAUAUAAGAAUUGAGCUAGAGCACUGACAGCUGGAUGGAGUGUGUUGUGUGGUAUGCACUUUAAACUACCAUCUGAUAGUCCCAAGCUCAAAUCCUGCCCGCUGUCAUCCCCUGCUGACCUGCAGGAGGUUAGGGUCAGGACAUAAUCAUCUUUUCUGAAGAAACAUCCAAAAUUUGUUAAACAAUGACUUCACUAUGUAGAGGAGUAAAUACAAUGUGAGAAUAUAGCAGGUUGUUUUCUUAUGGAUUCUUCUGACUUUCUAAAUGUACCAUGUGUGUAGUGCAUUCAUCAUUCCAUUCAUUAUGACCAGAGUUUUAUCACCAUAUUGUAUUACAAAUACAAGCAUAAUAGACCAUUCACAUUAGUUUUUUGUUUUCUUUCACUUAUCUAGUGUGUGUGUGUUUUUUUUAUUGACUUUAGUAUUCUAAGUUUGGAGGAAGGUUGGAUCAUUCUGGGUGUUUUUUUGUUCAUUAGAGUCAGUUGAUACUAGACACAUUAUUUUAUUGAUGUUUGCUUCUUGUGUAUUUGAUCAUUUGGAUUUCAGUAUACUUAUCAUUGGUGUCUGUUUCAUUUAGUCAAUUUUUAAAAUCUUAUAUUUUUGCUAGGCAUUUUAUUUUGGCUAUAGUAUACUGUAAAUGCCUUUUUAAUUGAAAAAAAACAACUUACAAGAUACUGUUUUUUACAUUGAAAUAAAACUCUGGUAUGAUGAUGUUUUUAUUUAUACAUUGCUGGUACCUUCCAAUAGCAUUAACUCACUACAACCAAUGGGAUCAAGAAAAAAAAGGGGGGAAAAACAAAUGACACCACCUAUGCACUUAAAUUUUUGUCAUUAACUUUAAAAUUCUUUUGUGCAAUUUAUAUUUAGUUGUUUUUUUUUUAAAUUAAAUACUAUUUCUACAUUUUGUUUUUAUUAUUAUAUUUCCUUCUAGUAUAAACUGUAUAAACAUUGUGUUUUUUUUUUAAUAUUUCAUUCUAGUAUAAACUGUAUAUAAUUCAUUGCCCCAUCAUCCAUUUUACAUGUUAUUAAGCAUUUUAAAAACUAUUCUGAAAUCUAACCUGCAGCCAUUCUUUAUUCUUGUUGACAUUUAGAAAAGCCCCUGCUCAGUUCAGUCCUUAUGAUCAAAAAAGUUUUUUUUUUUUUUUCAUUAAUUUUGUAUAGUCCAAAUGACUGCUCAUAAUAUUCUCAAGAUUUUUCAGACAAAAUAGUUUGGUUCUUAACAUGGUAUUAGAUUUGUCAGUGCAGAUAAAUAUUUUGUAUUGAGACAUUAAUCUUUAAUAAUGUCAGACUGAACAUGGUUAACAAGUUGAAGACAACUCAGUUCAACAGCUCAAUAAAGAGAUCCUCAUUCUAAAGUCUCAUAUAGUUAAAAUCUUCUAAAGCUUUUUUAAGGGAUAUAUAUCUAAUAAGUCUAAAUACUACUUGCUAAAUAGGCAUACACAUUAAUUAAAUUUCUAAUUGGUAAGUUAAGCUAGUGUCUAGUGUAGUUUUCAACACCUAGAUGGUUUGUUAAUUUAUGAUCACAUCCUACUAUAACAUUGUCAAUCUGUGCCUGAGACACACAUGCUCAUACAAAUCAAUAUCCUAUCACACAAACUCCAUGUCCACAAGUUACAUAUUAAAGCUUGUCCUCAAUAACACCUACUUGACCACUAUCAUAUGACCACCAAGUUCUAGGCCACUUGAAACUAUUACCAUGUGAUCACUCUGAACUCUUCUGUCUGUGACAUCUCUGCCCUAACUAAAUAACCAGCACGUCACUUGUUCCUCAAAUCUAUACUAUGUGACCAUUGCCAAGUACCUCAUGAUUAGGCUGCCCUCUUUAAGAAUUAGUAGCUACUGUUAACACCCUGACACAUCUGUGCCUGAUAUUGAACAUAAUUCAUGUGAUUUAUUUAUGAAACAUUUAUGUUACUAUGUAAUGAAUAUCAGAGAUUUCAAUGUAUAAGCUAUUUCAUAUGUUAUGUAUAAUAAAUGGACUUGAAAUCA